AUGGAGUGUCCAAACCAAACUGCGCCAGCUGUGUUUGUCCUCUCUGGCUUCCCAUUCCCGAAAGAACUCAAGGUGCCGUUAUUACUCUUCUUCUUGCUUAUGUAUAUUCUGACUCUUUCUGGAAAUUCCUUGAUUGUCUGGGUGGUGGCAUCUCACCUCCAGUUGCAGAAGCCCAUGUACUGGUUCCUCUGCCACUUGUCCAUCCUAGACAUGGCUUUCUCCUCCGUUGUGGUUCCUAAGGUGAUUGUCGGGUUCCUCCCUGGUGGGAAAAUAAUAUCUUUUAGAGAAUGUAUGUGUCAGGUGUUUUUUUUACAGUUCUUGGGAUGCACUGAAAGUCUCCUUUACAUUGUGAUGGCUUACGACCGCUUCAUCGCUAUCUGCAAGCCUCUGCAUUACAGCCACAUCAUGCAGUGGAGAGUCUGUCUCAUCCUCUGUUUGGGCAUCAUGGUUGCAGGUUGCCUGAACUCCACCGUACAGACAACCGUCACCUUACGUCUGCCCUACGGAUGGAGCAACGAGAUCGAUUAUGUCUUUUGCGACAAUCCUGCUCUUCUGAAACUGGCUUGCACCGACAAGACUCUCAACGAGAUUGUGAUCUUGGUGGACAUCGGCCUGGUGGCCAUGACCUGCUUCUUCCUGAUCCUCACCUCCUACGUGUAUAUUGUCUUGGCUAUUUUGCGGAUCAACAGCAGUGAAGGGCGUCGUCGGGCCUUCUCCACUUGCACUGCCCACAUUACCUUGGUGAUUAUAUUUUACUUGCCAGUCGUUUUCCACUACAUGAGACCAGGAUCACAGGAUUACAUGGACAGCGUGGUGAGCAUGUUUUAUACCACAAUAACCCCAUUUUUGAAUCCUGCCAUAUACACACUCAGGAACAAAGAAAUGAAGGGGAUUCUCUUAAAACUAUGGAGUGGGAAUCCUAAGUAA